UUGAUCAAUGUCUUCCACUCCCAAAAAGCGCUCCAAACCCAAACCCAGGCCUCCCUCCGACUCUCUCUCUUCUUCAAUCCCUUCCCUCCUUGAACCUCCUCAGUCUCUCUUCCCCACCAAGACCGAGCUCCUCAGCCUCUUCGCCGUCCUCGCCAUCGCCACCUCCGUCGCUCUCACCUUCAAUUUCCUCUACUCCGCUCUCUUCAACCCCCGCUCAUCCCCCUUCUGCGACGGCCCCGACUCCUCCCUCGACUUCGUCUCCGAUUCGUGUGAGGCGUGUCCGAGUCAUGGACGGUGUCGAGAAGGCGAGUUGGAAUGUGAUCAGGGAUAUACGAAGCGGGGGAAGUUAUGUGUGGAGGAUGGAGUUAUUCAGGACACGGCGACCAAGCUUUCGGAAACGGUGGAAAUGAGGCUUUGUAAAGCUUAUGCUGAGUUUCUGUGCUAUGGGACUGGAACGAUUUGGGUUGAACAGAAUGACAUAUGGAGUGACUUGGAUAAGAGUGAGCUCGCGGAAGAUGUUGGCCUAGACAAUGCUAUUUAUAUGUAUGCGAAACAAAGGGCGAUAGAGAUGAUUAGUAGAUUGCUGGACGGAAGGACAAAUUCUCUUGGGGUGAAAGAGUUUAAGUGUCCUGAAGUGCUAGCAGAACACUACAAACCAUCUUCUUGUCGCAUCCGUCAGUGGAUCUCUGAGCAUGCAUUACUUAUUUUUCCCGUUUGCGCAUCGCUCCUGGGAUUCACAUUGUUACUUUGGAAGUUCCACCAAAGGCAGUAUCUAUCGGCUAGGGUUGAUGAGGUUUACCAACAGAUCUGUGAGGAGCUCGAGGAGAAAGCCUUGAUGAAUAGAGAAAAUAAUAAAUCUGAACCAUGGGUUGUUGCCUCUGCAUUGCGUGAUUCACUUCUUUCCCUGAAAGAGAGGAAAAAUCCUGUAUUAUGGAAAAAGGUAGAAGAGUUGGUUCGGGAAGAUUCCCGUGUGGAUCGUUAUCCAACGUUGGUGAAAGGUGAAUCAAAAGUAGUGUGGGAAUGGCAAGUUGAAGGAUCUUUGAGCUCUUCAAGGAAAAGAAGAAAGGGUGAGGCUAGCAAAUUGAAGUCAAGCAGAGGUACAGAAAGAAGUCCUGAUCAACUUCUCUAUUCACUCGAGGCCGACCGAAGACAAUUGGAUUUGGAGUCAAUGAUGUUGAGGCAGUGACAGUAAUUUUAUCAGAUAAGGCGAUCACAAUAUUUUGUCGGUAAAGUUAAUUCAUCCGGAGAUGUAUGACGAACUGUAAAUUUGUAAUGGGAUAUAGAGCAAGAUGUCUAUCUUCAAAUAAUUCACAUUUUUUUAAUUUGAAAUUUUAGCUAUAUUGAUAUUUCCACUAUGUUUCCUUUCGGAAGAUCGAAA